UUAACCCGAACUGGUGGUGGUUUCAGAUCUGGCCCAUGGCAGCGGCGGAUGAAUGGAUGCAGAAAGGCCCCUUAGAAUGGCAAGAUUACACUUACAAAGAAGUCAGAGUGACAGCGAGCGACAAGGAGUACAGAGGAUGGCUUCUAACCACAGACCCCGUCUCGGCCAAUAUCGUCCUCGUGAACUUCCUUGAAGAUGGCAGCAUGUCUGUGACCGGAAUUAUGGGACAUGCUGUGCAGACUGUUGAAACUGUGAGUGAAGGGGACCAUGAGGUGAGAGAGAAGCUGAUGCAUUUGUUCACGUCGGGAGACUCCCAAGCAUACCAUGUUGAGGAUCUGGAAAAUCGAAAGAACAGCCUAAAGAAAUGGCUCGAGAAGAACCACAUCCCUGUCACUGAACAGGGAGAUUCAUCCAGGACUCUCUGUGUGGCUGGGGUCCUGACCAUAGACCCACCGUAUGGUCCAGAAAAUUGCAGCAGUUCUAAUGAGAUUAUCCUGUCCCGUGUUCAGGAUCUUAUUCAAGGACAUCUGGCAGCCUUCCAAUGAGAGGCCAAGGACUAUGGAUCACUGAAGUAAGACUUCUUUUUUUUCCCCCCUUUAUAAAAUGUCUUGAACGUUAAGGCCAUCAUAUUAUGGGACUUUAAAGGCACACAGUGUGUGUGUUUUAAUUUGUUGUUUUGGUAAAAUCAAAGAGAUGGACUAUGAGUGCUAAUAAACAAGUGAACUGUGGCAAGGAUAACAUCACAUGCAACAAAAUUAGCACAGGGACAUCAGAAUUGUUUAAAUCUUUUCUUUUGAUGGGGCUAUAUCUCCAUUUUUGUUAGAUUUGCAAGAACUGUAUUUGGAACAAAUGCAACGUUACAUUCAAUAUAAAGUAUAUUAAGUCCUUUGCACUAAC